AUGAAUAACAAUUAAAACGUUUUAAUCGGAGCUAUUGAUUAAAGUACUACAUCAACUAAAUUUGGAGUUUUCGAUUAAUAAGGGAAUUUAAUUGAUAUAGAUAUUAUACCACAUGAUUAAAUUUCUUAACAUCCAGGAUGGUUAGAACAUAAUCCUUAAUAAAUUCUAAAUAAUCUACAUACUUCGAUUAAUAAUUUAGUUUCAAGAUUACAAGAAAAAGGUUAUUCUUUGUCUGAUCUAAAAACUAUUGGAGUUACUAAUUAAAGAGAAACUGUUGUAGCUUGGAAUAAACAUACAGGAAAACCUUAUUAUAAUGCUAUUGUAUGGUGUGAUAAUAGAACUUAAUAUGUUUGCGAAAAAUUCACUUAAUAACAUGCAGGAAAUAGCAAUAUUUAUUAAAAUAUUACUGGAUUACCAAUAAGCUAAUUGAAAAUGUUUAAUAAAUAAGAGAUGAGUUAGAUACUAAUGUUAUUUUUGGGACUAUGGAUUCUUGGGUUAUAUGGUGAAUUAAAAAUUCCAAUAAAUACUCUUCCAAUUGUACUAGCAAGUUCAGAUAAUUAUGGAACAAUAAAAGAAGGCACUUUAAAAGGAAAAUAAAUUUAAUCAUGUUUAGGAGAUUAAUAAGCAGCAGCUUUAGGUCAUGGGGUUUUAAAUAUAGGAGAUUGUAAAACUACAUUCGGUUCUGGGAGCUUUUUGCUUGUAAAUAUAGGAGAAAAACCAAUUUAUAAAGAAGGAGGUUUAUUAACAACUAUUCUAUAUAAAUUAGGAAAAAAUUAACCUACUUUUUAUGCUUUUGAAGGUUCUAUAGAAGUAGGAGGAUCAACUUUGAAUUGGGCAAAGGAAAAUUUAGGACUUUUUAAAGAUUACGAAGAAUUAGCUAGUUUAAUAGAAUAAACUUAGGAUAAUGGAAAUGUUUAUUUUGUUCCGGCGUUAAAUGGAUUACUUUGUCCUUAUUGGUAAAGCGGGGCUUAAGGAAUUAUUAGUGGUAUUAGUUUUUAUACUAAAAAAGAACAUAUAUUAAGAGCUCUGUUAGAAGGAAUAGCCUUUAGAACAAAAGAUGUUAUAGUUAAUAUUGAAUAGUCUACUGAAAUGAAAAUUGAUUUGUUAAAAGUUGAUGGCGGUUUAACUAAAAUUUCUGAAAGCACAAUGCUAGGUGUUGCUUUUGCAGCUGGUAUUUUUUCAUUUAAUUAAGAUAAUAAUAAUAAAAACUAAGUUUUAUAUUAAAAUUGGCUUGAUACUGUUAACAAAUCUAUUAAUAAAUGAAAAAAGAAAAUAAAAAAUAAAUAAAAAAUAUCAAUUUAAAUAUAUUUACUAAUAUUUUAUUUUUUUUAUUUAAAGAAUAAUAAAUACUAUUUUU